UCACACAACAAAACCCUACUCCAUGAUUAGCUUCAAUAAUAGCAAUAUGUACAUGAUGUAACCCCAACUGGGACCAUUUCACUUUUCUCAUCUCUUCGCUGUGUACACAAUUUGAAAUUGAAAUUGAAAUUACUCUCUUGCUUCCUUUGCUUUCUUCUUCCGAUUCAUAUGCUGCAAGCAAACCCUUCACUUUGACAUUGCUGAAUUCACACUGUUAUGGCCUGGUGGAAUUUAAGACCCCUCUUUCGUUCUCAAACUAUCAGGAACCCUUUUCAGGAUUUAUCGAGCAGGAGGCUGGGGAUCUCUGCUGUGACUGGUGCUCACUUUUCAUCCAUUAAAUUUCCAUUGAUAGACCCUAAGAGUGAAGAGGAUUUCAGGAUGAGGGAAGUCCAACUUGGUUCACAUACUAUGACUUCUCAUGGAUAUGCACUUGCAAGAACCCACAUGCAUGAUUGGAUCAUACUAUUGCUCCUUGUGGUGAUUGAAAUCGUCUUGUACAUGAUCCAUCCAUUCUAUCGCUUUGUUGGGAAGGAUAUGAUGACUGAUCUCAGAUAUCCCCUGAAGAGUAAUACAGUUCCUGUUUGGUCUGUUCCAAUCUAUGCAGUUUUGUUGCCUGUGGUGAUCUUUCUUGUUGUCUAUAUCCGAAGGAGAGAUAUCUAUGAUCUUCAUCAUGCCAUUCUGGGUCUAUUGUUCUCCAUCUUAGUAACAGCAGUACUUACUGAUGCAAUCAAAGAUGCAGUAGGUCGACCUCGACCUGACUUCUUCUGGCGAUGUUUUCCGGAUGGAAAGGAUGUUUAUGAUGCAUUGGGAAAUGUUGUUUGUCAUGGUGACAAGGAUGUUAUAAAGGAAGGACAUAAGAGUUUCCCAAGUGGCCAUACUGCAUGGUCCUUUGCUGGUCUGGGGUUUUUAUCACUGUACUUAUCUGGAAAAAUAAAAGUAUUUGAUCAAAAAGGCCAUAUUGCAAAACUUUGCAUUGUUGUUCUACCACUACUUUUUGCAUCACUUGUCGGCAUUUCUCGAGUCGAUGACUACUGGCACCACUGGCAGGACGUGUUUGCUGGAGGUCUUUUGGGGCUUGUAAUGGCCACAUUUUGCUAUUUGCAGUUUUUUCCUCCUCCUUAUCACCCUGAAGGUUGGGGUCCUUAUGCUUAUUUUAGGAUGCUGGAAGAAUCACGAGGGAUGACACAACAAGCUGCUAAUGGUGAAAGUUCUAGCGAAGCGCAGUUAAGAGAAGCUCAGGACCAGGAGGGACAAGGUUUCCAUGGAUGUAUGGGGAUAACUUUAGCACGGGAUCAAGGUGGUGAAACAUUGGAUGAAAUUGAAGCUGGGAGGAGACAAAACCCUUACACAUCAUGAUCUUACUCUUUGUAAAUAAGAUCUUAGUUCGUAUUCUAGAAUUUAAAACUGACUAACACAUUCUACUGAAUAUCGUUUUUCUAUUCAGCUAGUCACUACUAACUUUGAAGCAUGCUUGUUUAUAUUUGAGAUAAUCUCUGUUAUUUCUUUCUUUGUAAAUCAAGGUGGUGCAUCUCUUUUCUUUUC